AUGGGCAUGCACAAAAUUGGACCAAUCCUGAUCUGUUUUGGAACCGUGAGUGCUGUAAGCUCCAUCACCAUUGGCUGUUUCUCCAGACACAUCAAGCGGUUCGCCUUCAUGGCUGCUGGCGCCAUUUUCAACAUCGGUUUGUUGAUCGUGUUGUGGUUGUGGAACCCACAAAAAGAGGACGUGCCCAACUUUUACGUGGUUGCCGCCUGUCUGGGUUUGUGUGACGCCAUUUGGCAAACUCAGACGUACACAUUGUUCGCCAUUUUGUUCAGCCACAAACAGGAAGCUGCCUUCGCUUCCUACCGGAUGUUCCACGCCAGCGGCUGCGCACUGGCGUUUGGGUACAGCUACUUCCUGUGUGUGGAAACGAAAGUGUUUAUCUUGGCCGGAACCUUGACCCUCUCCCUGGCCAUGUACAGCGUUAUCGAAAUGAAGAUGCAGUUGCAAAGCCAACACAUCGGGGACAUUGUUGCCUU